AUGUCGGCGGUUGAUCUCUCGGCCGGCGGCGGGUUCGCCCAGGUGGCGCGGGCCUUCGUCGACAUCCAGGCUCAAGAGUUCCUGCCGGCGGUGGGGGUGCACGACCUCCGAGGCGCCUUGGACAACACCGGCGCACUGCUCCUGGCCGGGGGCGUGGCGCCCGGCCCCGGAGAGCUCAAAGCAGGUUGGCCCUCCCGCCAGGCGAGCAAGGCAUUCAACCGGCCGGCCCAGGCGCAGCCGGUCAGGGCUGACAUCCCGGCAGCCUUGCCAGAGCUCCAGGCGGAGCUGGCGGACCUCGACGGCGCCAUCAUGGCGCGCUCCUCGGAAGGACCCUUCCGGUCCAGGGUCCGGACCUGGGUGGACUUCACGGCGGCCUGGGCCCUGCCGGCGUGGCCGAUCUCCCUGGACUCCGUCAGGAAGGUCGCGGCGAGCAUGCGGAAGGGCAGGUACCGCUCGGCGCAAAACUACUUCGACGCGGCGGUGACCUACCAGGAACACUUCCGCGGCGAGCUGGUGGACCCGCUAGUCCGGCGGGCCAUCCGGCGUUACGCCAAGGCGGUGGUACGUGGCCUUGCGGGGUCCAAGCUCAAGGCGAUCUUCCCGGCCAUGCGGCUGGAGCCUCUGCUGGAUCCCUCGCCGGCGUCCGCCGCGGAGCCUUGGGCCCCAUGGAAGGCGGCGCACUCGGCGGACGCCCUCCUCCUGGCGGUGUGGUUCAUGCUGCGUGAAAUCGAAUUCGCGGCGGCCCGCACCGAGGACAUGGAAGCCGGCGAGGACUGGGUCCUUCUUCGGAUCCCCCUGCACAAGACGGCACAGGGUGGCGAGAGAGAGCUAACGGCGCGCAUCCAGUCCCGGCCGAUGUGCCCGGCACACGCUGCGCUGCGCCACGUGUCCCGGCUGAAAGCGGCCGGCCUCUGGGUCCGAGGCGGGCCCUUGUUCCCGGACGCGGCGGGCAACACCUGGGCCAAAGGCGAGACCGUCCUGCUCUUCCGGCGGGUGUUGCUGGCCGCCGGCGUGGCCCUCACCACGGUCGACCACAAGGGCCAGAUCGUGCAGCUGUUCGCCGGCCACUUGGCGAGGGUCGCCGGCGCGGCCUGGCUAGCGUCCAAGGGAGUGCCGACGGCGAUCAUCCAGUUGCUGGGCCGCUGGUCCUCCACGGCGGUGGAGCGCUAUGUUCAGGCGGCCCCGCUCGCGGUGGCCCCGGAGAUCCCCGGCCGAGUCUUGGCUGGGAGCUACGGUGGCACGCAGGCCACCGAUGAGGCUCGGCGAGCCACGGCAGGAGGAGUGGCGCCCAGCCCUCAGGCCCCUGACCCCCCGGCGCAGAUGGAAUCGCCGGGGGCGCCGGAUGACCAGGCAGAGUUCUCCCGGGCGGUCCUGCUGGUGGACGCCCCGCCUAGGGGGCCGGCACCCGGUGGGGUCGGACACCCGCCGGCGCGGGAGGACCUCAUCUACAACGAGAAGGGGGCUAAGGUGCACCGGCCUGACCCGGCGGAAGCUACCACGGAGCAGUUCCUCUGGAGGUCCAGGUGCGGCGCGUGGCCGUAUGGCAUCCGGCGCUUCUUCAGAGUGUCCGAGAAGCCGGCGUCCGCCGCUUGGUGCGCCCGCUGUUUCCCGGCGCCGGCUCCGGGGGAAGGUGAAGGUUCACCGACCGAGCCGGUGGACUCGCCGGUGGCGUCCAGCUCGGCGUCCGAGUCGGACAGCUCGUCCUCGUGA